AUGGCAGAAGAUAUGCAGGCCGCAAAACUGUUGAGCCGGUACUGCCAGAAUGUACCUGAUUACUCAAACCCGUCUUCUGCAUCGCUCCGGUUGUUUGCCCGGAGCGUGCAGCGGCGGAUGCCAGGGUCUCCUCUCGAUGAAAAGGACAGACAGUUGCCCUGGAUCGUCUUCUUGCAAGGUGGUCCAGGGGGGGCUUGCCCACAGCCGCAAGAAGUAGGCUGGGUUGGUCCACUGUUGGAUCGUGGGUUCCAAAUUCUUCUCCUUGACCAGCGAGGAACAGGGCUGUCAAGUCCUAUCACUGCUGCAACACUUGCUCUUCAAGGAAAUGCAGUCAAGCAGGCUGAAUAUCUUAGACUAUUUCGCGCCGACAAUAUUGUGCGGGACUGUGAAUCAGUGCGUAAACUGUUGACUGCUUACUACCCCCCAGACAGGCAAAAAUGGAGUGUUCUAGGCCAGAGCUUUGGGGGCUUCUGUGCUGUCACAUACCUUUCCAAAUACCCCGAGGGACUUAAAGAGGUCUUCACAACUGGUGGAUUGCCCCCUCUUGUGUCAAAGCCUGAUCCGGUAUACGAGAGAACUUAUGACAAGGUCCAAUCGCGGAAUAAAGUGUACUAUUCCACUUUUCCUGAAGACGAACAUCGAGUGCGGGUUAUACUCAAGCAUCUCCAAACUCAUCAGGUCAAACUCCCCGACGGCUCAUUGUUGACUCCGGAGCGUUUCCUCCAGCUGGGAAUUCACUUUGGAAUGAAAGGUGGCAUUGGUUUGGUUCACAGCAUUAUUUUGAAGUGCAUUAACGAAUUGGACACGUUUGGCUUUCUCACACGGCCUACUCUAUCUCUAAUUGAGAACGACACUAGUGCAGACAAUGGUAUUUUAUACGCCAUAAUGCAUGAACCUAUUUAUUGCCAAGGGGAGGCAUCAAACUGGGCCGCCGACAGGCUGCUGCCAGACUUCUCCGGGUUCCGAGGCGCUCACAAUCCCGAUGGCAUCUAUUUCACCGGGGAGAUGGUGUACAAGCAUUGGUUUGAGUCAUCCGCAGAGCUCGGUCAACUCAAAGAAGUAGCGGAUAUCCUUGCUUCGUACGACGAUUGGCCGGAAUUGUAUGAUAAGGAACAGCUUGCGCGCAACGAAGUGCCAGUGUACUCCGCUACAUAUGUCGAGGAUAUGUACGUGCACUUUAGCUACGCCAACGAAACAGCUGCUACCAUUCGAAAUUGCAAGCAGUUCAUUGCCAACACAAUGUACCACAACGGUCUGCGUUCAGACUCCCCUGAACUGAUUGCACAGCUGUUUGCUCUUCGUGAUGACACGAUCGACUAG